AUGGAUACGGGCCGUUCAACAGGUGCCCAGCAGCCAGAUGGCUUGCGUGAAAGAGUGUCUCGCCCUGAUUCAACUGGGGGUCGAGAUGCUUUGAAUGCCAGUGGGGAGAUCGACAUCAGGAAGGGCAAUGGCAAGGACCAGAAGACCUUUGGGCGGACGCCCGCUGGAACAGUGUUCACGGUGCCCCAAACCCAUGAUAUGGUCUCCCAGCUCUUGUCGCCAUCCGAACCCAAGAACAUGUCCGAUGCGUUUGUACUAGUGUUGUUGGCUCUCCACAUAUCGCUUCUCUGGGUCCUCCCAGCGGGCGCCAAGGUGCCGGUCUUUGCGGUCGUGUACCUCUUUUGGCGCGCGGCGUACAAUGGCGGGAUUGGAUGGCUGCUUCACAAUCAGUCGCAUCAUAAGACUAUGAUUCGAUGGGCGGAGAAGACCAAGGUCUUUGUCAACCCGGCCACGGGCGACAACCCUCAUCCUACUCUGUACAAUUGGAUCAAGCGCGAGUUGGAAACCAAGAUUCCGCAUGAUUACAAUUUUGACAAUGCACCCAUUGAAUACAACACAUGGCUUGUCUUUAGACGUCUCGUGGACGUGAUCCUGAUGUGUGACUUUACUUCCUACUGUCUGUUUGCGAUCGCUUGCGGUCACCGACCCGUGGAUGAGAGUAUGAUCAUGACUGUCCUCCGGUGGACCGCGGGCAUCGUGCUCGUGUUGUUCAACCUCUGGGUCAAACUAGAUGCGCAUCGAGUAGUCAAGGAUUACGCCUGGUACUGGGGUGACUUCUUCUAUCUCAUCGACCAGGAAUUGACCUUCGACGGUGUAUUCGAGAUGGCGCCACACCCCAUGUACUCGGUCGGCUACGCAGGCUACUACGGCAUUUCUCUUAUGGCGGCCAGCUAUAAGGUCCUCUUCAUCUCGAUCAUUGCCCAUGCAGCACAAUUUGCCUUCCUGGUACUCGUUGAGAAUCCACACAUUGACAAGACCUACAAUCCGCCACCACCCCGAAAGCGAUCCGUCUGUGUGGAUUCGACCUCCAGCCUACCUCUCGAAUCAGACUCCCCAUCAGCGCCAACCGUGUCUGACGACCUGCUUCCCAACGCGCCUACAUCGUACUCGGCCAAGCCCCCGCCGUCGGUGCAUAACCUCCUCGGAUUGAACAACCUGGAUUUGUAUAGAAUUACGGAUUCGUCCAUUAUACUCAUACAAUUGCUAGUUUUCGCCAUUGCCGCCUUGACACCAUCCACUCCGUUGUACCAAUUCCUGUUCAUGGUCAAUGCCGUGGCUUGGCGCGUGUGGUUCACGGUAGGCAUUGGUUAUCUGCUCAACAACCAAUCCAACAAUAAGUCCUGGACUAGACACUUCCUUAAAUUUGGUGAAACCCCGCAAGAGGCGUGGAACCAGUGGAAGGGCACCUACCACCAAAGCAUGAUUAUGUGUUACGCAAGCUUUAUUGCCGCCGCAUGGAAAAUGUACACUUUCCCAACCGAUUGGGGUUACGGCUUGGUGCUGUUCCGUCACGUUCUUGGUAUGGGCCUCAUCGGUUUGCAACUAUGGACCUCGGUCAGCAUCUACGAUUCUCUCGGCGAGUUUGGCUGGUUCUACGGAGAUUUCUUCUUCGACGAGUCGCCCAAACUCACUUACGAUGGUAUCUACCGCUUCCUGAACAAUCCCGAGCGUGUCCUUGGUCUCGCAGGUGUCUGGGGUGCAGUCCUCAUUACCAGCAGCGGUGCAAUCACCUUUUUAGCUCUUCUAAGCCACAUCCUGAGUCUUGCUUUCAUCCAAUUCGUGGAGCGUCCGCAUAUGCAGAAGCUGUACGGCCGCAGCAUCCGCCAGGAUGGAGGUGUUGUCAAGAACCUGAAGAAGUCCUUGCCUUCGCCCCUUAAGGAGCUCCACGGCAGCGUCGACAAGAUGUUUGAUGACUCCUUCGAGUUCAUUGAAGAGAUUCUAGACCUCGCUCGCCCUAAGCUCGCUGCCGGUGUGAACACUUUCGUCAAAGAUACCACUGCCCUCUUCCAGAAGUACCCAGCCCGUGUCACCAUCUCUCGAAUCGACGCCGAUCUGGCCGGUCUCGACUUGAGCGAUUACUCCCUCUCUGUCGAAGGCACUGAGGCCAAAUCGCUCGACGAAAGCGCACAGGGUAAGGGUCGCGAAGGUGCCAACGCCCAAGCUCCCCUCGACCGCCGAGGCGACCUGAAGAAUUUGACGUUCGAAUACGGCGCUCCAAUCAAGGUAAAGUGGACUGCUCCUCUCAAUCACAGCAAGAAAGACUGGAUUGGUCUCUACCGUGUUACGGAUAGCUCCUCGAGAGAAGUCUCUCGUGUUUCCUCGCAGGGUCGUUGGGUCGCUACGAACGAGGGCUUCUACGACAACUUGACUUGCGAGAAGGGUAUCAUCACCAGCGAUGUCGUUGUCAAUUCCAACAUAAAGGGUGACAAGCACGGGCUUGCAUCCGGCGAGGUUGUAUUCACUGGCGACAAGCUCUUCUGGACGCAGGGUGUCUUUGAGUUCCGCUACCACCACAAUGGCAUGCACAAUGUCAUGGCUAUUUCCAGACCAUUCGAAAUUCGCAUUCGACGCUUUGAUGAGGACAGUUCCAUCGUUGAUAGCGAUGGUAUCGUGCAAACUGCUGUCGAGAAUGCCUUGCUACCUGUUGUCCGCAACUGUUUCGAUCAAGAUCCCGAGAUCGCACCUGAGUCUGUGGAAGAGCAGUUCGGCAGUCUCGUGGAGCGCGAAGGCAAAUUCGCAAAACGUGUUGUCUUUGCUGUUCACCAAAUGUUCGGUGUCGAAUUGGCGCCUGAAGUCGUCAAGGCCGACGGCAACGUCCGCAACCUUGCUUGGAGAAUAUGCAAUGCCAAGAAAGUUUUGGCCCCCUAUAGUAUGUCCGGAUCGAAUGGCACCACAACGCCUGUCGAUGUUGAGGGCAAGGAAUGA